AUGGCGGCCCCUGGUGCUCCAGCUCGGGGUGGAAUCAUGCCAGGCGCGGCUGGCGGAGCCCGGCGUGACUUUAUGUCAUCUGAUCUCGUAGACAGACUCUACGAGAACACCAUAACUGAACACGCCGAUGCUAAGCAAGCGGCCUUGACAGGAUGGGACGACGUGGCAGCCGACGUUCAGUUGCUGACCCCGCCAGCUGGAGACUUAUACCAAGCUCUUUUGGCAUCGGGCAACGAGUCUACUACCUCGAAUUUGGGGUUUUUGGGUGGAGGCCCAGGCAAAUGGCAUUUACUGCUGGAGCCUGAGUCAUCGGCGAAUCGCUUGGUGGCUAGAAUGCCUCCAGCAGCUCAGCUGAUGGAUCUGACGGAAGCCGAGCUAUCCGGUUUCGUAUUGCACUCAUGCCAGGUACAUGGAGGGACCGAUUGGAUAGCCAGGGCUGACCUUAUGAGGCUCGUGGAACCGGAGACCAGAGCUCUCUUCUCCAGCAGCACGCAGCUUACCCCGGAUCAGCUCACGGAUGCUAGGACCAAUGCGAAGCAAGGAUUCUCCGAGGCCUGCCAAGCGCUGGAGAUCAGACCGACUGGUUUCUAUGUUGAUGUAGUGACCGCAUUAGGAGCUGUGAUGCUGGGCGGGGCUCCGGCACCAACGGCUGCCGGCGCUGCAUUCGCGGCCAUAGGCCCCGUGCAAGGGGUGCCGUCGUCGCGCCAUGCAGCGCUCGCCGGCAUGAUUCGCUACAUAGCCUUCACGAAAGUGGAAGAGCACGUCCGGGCCGGAUAUCGAACCCGACAGGCGAUGACCCAGGCCGGUCGGGGAAUGGACGGCCCAGGGAAGGAUCGCGCUGAGAAAAGCUUGAAAGCGCUUGCAGACAACACAGCGGCGAUGUUGAUCCUGCAUUCCACUGACAAGACCUUGGAGGUCAUAUCGGAGGCGAUGUUGGCAUCUACUGCCGACUGCAUGGCUGAAAUCCUGACUGAUAAUACCAGACAGGCGAUCGCGACGUGGACCACUGGGAAUACUGAUCACGGAGGCCGUGAGGGUGGUUGCGGGGAACGUGAUGGGACAUACUUCCGCGACUUGGCUCUCAGGGCGGCAGUCACGUCGGCGUCCUUCGCGGCAACAGAUCGAUUCGCCACCCUGAUAGACCGAGCGGGAGAUGAUUCGGAGAUGGUUCGCCGAAUCAUCACUGCGGCGACCUUCUUCGAAGUGGUAACUGGGUCGUGGAUCUUCGGAGGAGCGGCCGUGCUUGCUCUUCGGCAAUCUACCCUCACAGCUGCAGACAUGACGGAGAUAGCUAACAACGUAUCUUUGGAUCUGGCCCCCCACGCAGAUUGGCAUUUGUCGUUGUUGCUUGUGCGGUUGGCAUCCGGACACGCGCUAUCGAAUAAUGAUCUGGCCGUGAGCAUGCGACGUGAUCGCUUAGGCAAAACUGGGAUCGAUACCCCAUGGGCUGUGGCGACCACAUGCGGGUGGGCAGCCGCAGGGUAUGUGUCAGGGAAGCAGUCGUCGCUGAUCGGAAAUCUGUUCCAAAUGGGGACACUCGUCAGUGGGCUCUACCGCACCUUGGACCUGGCAGCCGCCUCGCCCUAUCUGAAAGGCGCCAUCGCCGGAGUGAGGGCAGUGACGGCAGCAGCGACGGUCAUGGAAAUGCUGCAGUUGUUCACCCGCAUAUUCGGGGCAGAAGCAGAUCUCUUCGCCUUCGUGGACCUCCCACUAACGCCGGAUCGCUUCUUUGAAGAGUCCCGGCAAAUCCUGGCGAAUCCUCUCCGCUACGCCCGUUUCGGGGCGUACAUGCUACCAGGUUUAGCCGGCAACACCAAGGCCCUUGAUGAUCACAAGAAGUUGGCCCACGUAUUAGGAGCCCUGUCAGGUGCAAUGGACUCAAUUGCCGAUAAGAAUUUCCUUCAGGCAGCGUCCCUACACCACCAGGGCCGGAAAGCCCCGGUGGCCAGUGUCUUCGCUCGCCUGUUUGAGGAGAGCGAGCACGCAGCGCUGUAUGCGUCCAAUGUUCGUGGGUUUGUGCGAGAGCUGGAAAUGUAUAUGCCGGAACUUGCAUGCCACGGGGCUAUUUCAGCUUACUGGAAUCAGCUUACAUGUCAGUGCAUGAUGGUGCUGCAAGCUCAGCCUGCAGCGGCAAUCCCGCUGGUGCCGCACAACGGGCACCCGUUCUGGGAUCAUCUGGGUCAGUGCUUUGCUAGAAUUCGACUGAGAUCAUGGUUUCUUUACGUGGACUAUGAGCUGGACAGAUCGUGCCGAGGCUUCUACAUGGAAACCUUACGACCGGCAUGA